ACAGCAGUAUUACUGCAUUCCUACCGACAGUCACUAACACUCCCCCACUCUAUCUCUCUCUCUCUUUGUCACUAUCUCUAGUUCCCUCAUGAUGUUGCUCAAGAGAUCAAAGAAGAAGAAGCAAAAGAAGCUUCUAGAGGCCCAGCAGGCAGCAGCCUUGCAAGGAAUGAUGUACCACCAGCAGCAUGGAGGCAUGUAUCCAAGACCAUCCUCCACACUCUCUACUCCAACAAUCAUGCAAGAUGGUAGCUAUGACAUUGAGCAGUUCUCUGGCAGUGAUGAUUUAGAAAUGGCAGAGUCUCUCUCACUCACAGGAGGAGGAGGAGGAGGUGAUUAUGGAGGAGCAUCAAUAGGCCAAGCACAACCGAUGCCAGUACCAAUCACUGUGGAGCAAAUGCCAACCACUCCACAGCAGUCAAUCCCCCCACAGACCCAACAGACUCCAACACACCAUGUGACGACAAAUUCACAUAUGCUGGCCCAACAGCAGAUCCUUGCACAGUCUCUCGCUCCACCCACGGGAUACCAACCACCCACUCAACCUCUCCCCAUGACACCGGCCAGCAGUGGUAUAAACAUAAGCAGCACUAGGGGAAUGUAUCCAUUUGGAGACCAGCAGCACUCACUCAAGAGGGGCAUGUCUCAGCCGGCUAUUGCUAACAUACCAAUGAUGCCUCCGCUACUCAUGACGUCGUCAGAGACAGUGCUCAACAAAGAUCCCCCGGUUACUUUCAUAACAGCACCAAUGACAGCCUCAGGGACUCUGCCUAGGCACAGCAAGAAAUCCUCAUACUCGCAGCAAAGGAUUGAUCCUGCAAAAAUUGAACUCAUGAAGUCUGCAAUUUCCCUUGGACUCGGACGUGGCUUGGAUGCAACGUCAAAAACUCCGUGGACAAACAAGUCCUCGUUUCAGAUCAGGCGGGUCCACCACAGCAUAAUGGAAACCAAUGAGGGAGGAGUCCUGAGCAGCUAUCAGAAUGAGAUUUCUAGUAUAGCAGACAUGGAUGAGCUCUUCCAAGCAUCACUCACUCCACCAGAGGCUCCAAUAGAAAUACACGUUGAGGCAGACACUAAUCGCUGCAUCAAUUCCUCUCGUCAAACCAUUGGACGUCGCGUACUGACAAGGACCAUUGGAUUCCAGAGUGAUACGGAGGAGAAAUACAGUGACGGUGACCACCAUCGUCACAACAAGGACGCUCACCUUGUUCCAAGAGAUGCAGCUGAGGUUGUCCACAAUACACAGAACAGUGCACUGAGCUUUGAGGACCGGGUCUACCAAUGGCUCCUCCAUAGAAUAGCACACAAAUGCACAACAAUAGGCCAGAGACUGGAUAUAAGGUUUGACGAUAACAACUAUGCCGACCAGCUCACCAAACUACUCAACUCAAACAAGUCCUUGGUCCGUGUUGAUAACGAGAUAAAGGGAGGAAGCAAAGAGAUAGUCCAAGCACUACGUGUGACUCAUUACGUGACCAGCAUAAGAUUAGGAGCUGCUGAAUACAGGAUAAUGAGUGAUGGAGAAUAUCACAAGCAACUGGCCCAGGGAGGAGCGUUUGGACUGGACUCGCUAGCAGAAUCGGCUAUGAACGGAUUUGGAAAACAAAAACCGAAAGAGAUGGCAAAACUUGCAACAAAGAUGUCACAUGUGAGGAAAAUUGGUGGCAUUGGGGAGGAUGAUAAAGUCGAGAUUGGAUCGAGCAAUGAGGUCGUCCUGAGCAUACAAGUACAACCAAUCACUCGACUGUUGAGGGUACCAGCUGUGAAGGCAGCAUUCCGCGAAGCUAUAGAAGAAUACAUGGAAGGAACACCUGCAUCUGAAGGUGGUCCAUUCCUUAUAAAGUGUACAGGCAGAGACAUAUACCUCACUGUCAACAAGUUCAAUAAUUACGAGGUUGAGGGUACAGAGAUACCAGCUGAAGCCUCUCUCUUCUACUUCCACCCGACCGACGACGGAGGCAACCCUUUUGACUUCCACAUUACGUACUACGGCGAGGAUGUGGGUGAACAGAAUGCAGAGAAAGACAGUACCGCCAUUGGACGCUAUCUAGAAGCAUGUCCCAACUCAAAGGGCUACUGUCGUGGUCCGCUGCUCAUGAAACACAGCGUUAAAGUACGGAAUACUCGUUUUUCUCUCCGUAGCCGUUUAUCAAAGAGGUACUGUAAGAGUCACCUCACCGAAUGGAUUGCUGGUGAAGAUGCCUUUUACAUAACCUGCGGUACGAGGAAGUUUAAGCACGAUAGCUACCUGGCAGUCAAAAAUUCGAGCCAAACGGAUCUACUCGGAAAGCAUUUCUUCAUCACGGAAGCACUCCCAAACAUACACCAGCAUAACGGGGACAAUAUAUUCAUGCUGUUCCAGAUACUGGGGAAGGAUAGUCUUAAUGGUAAACUGGUGGAUGGUGGGAGGGAGACUCCGGGUAAACUGCCUGUAGCGUCCGAGAUAACAACACGAGACAAGAAUAAGCUGGAGCCAGAACUCUUAACGUAAAGAACUUCACCAAAAGACCAGUCAUUCAUUAAUAUAGACAGCAGCAUUGUGAUAGUGUAUCUGUUAAUAGUUAAAUAGUUUAAUGUUUUCAUAUACAUGUACCGCACAUGUACGCAUGUUUCUUUUUUAUUGAUACUCAAGUCUCAUUGUCCAUUACAUGUAAAUGAUUUAUUAUUGUUAUCAUUAUCGUUGGUAUUUAUUUUAUCGGUGUCAGUUGUGCAAGAUUUGUUCUUUUGAAAAA